ACAGAGAAACAGGCGCGUGUGUGUGCGUGUGUCAGAGACAGACGGCUGUAUUUCGCCAUCGGUCACCUCAGCGUGAUUUUCAAAGACGUUAAUCGGGGGGUGAUUGAGUGACAGCGUGAUGUUUGACGUGACAGCGUGAUGCGGAACGUGACAGCGUGAUGUGCCUGCGGCUCGUGCUGCAGUAGGGCAGCAGGAAGCGGCUCAAGAGGGGCUUAAAACAUCACAUGCAGCUCCGCAGAGGGGCCUGUGUGAGAGCGUGAACUGCUCUGGAUUGUGACUUCUCAGGACUGGAACAGUGGAAGCAGGGUCCAUGGAGGCGCUGGAGCCGGAGGAGCAGUUCCUGCAAUUCGCCCGGAACGGAGAUCUGCGGGGGAUUCAGAGGCUCCUCAUGUCUACGAUCAGAGAGGAGACGCACAUCAACAUCAACUGCAGAGGUAAGAGGAAGUCUAAUCUUGGAUGGACGCCUCUUCACUUGGCCUGUUACUUUGGACACAAAGAUGUGGUGGAGGAAUUACUGAAGGCAGGUGCAGAUGUUAACUUGCCCAAUAAUGUCGGCGAUUCUCCGCUGCACAAAGCUGCCUUCACAGGACGAAAGGAGGUUGUCAUGCUGCUGCUGCACUAUGAUGCAUGUGCUACUGUCAUCAAUGGGACAGCACAGAUUCCCAAAGAUGUCACUCAAAAUGCAGAGAUCAGAGGCAUGUUGGAAGCGGCCGAGAGAACGGAGGAGAGGAAACUGGAGGAGGAGCUCCUGGAAGCUGCACGAGAAGGAGACCUUUCGACUUUAACUCAGCUGCUCAGCAGGAAGAAGACCCCAGAUAUCAACUGCACAGACCUGCUGGGAAACACUCCGCUGCACUCUGCGGCCUAUCGAGGCCAGAAGCAGUGCGCCCUGAAGCUGCUCAAGAGUGGAGCCAGCCCCAACGUCGAGAACAAGAAAGGCCAGACAGCGUUCGACCUCGCUAGUGAUUCAGCAAUGAAGCUGGUCCUUGAAGGCAACGCUCAUCGGGGUAUGACCCGGCAUGUCAAGAAGUGCGAGGGACUCCUCUGGAAGAGCUCCAGAUUUUUUGGCUGGCGCUCCUACUGGGUCGUCCUCCAAGACGGGGUUUUAUCCUGGUACUCAAAGCAGUAGGUGGCAACUCUCACCUUGCCUGUGCUCCUUGAAUCACAUGAAAACAUGUCAGCAACAGAUAAAUGGAAGUACUGCACACUUUUGAUUAGAGAGGCGCUGGAAGUGACAGAAUCCUUUCUAU